GUCUGUGGUUUCGGAACCUACGGAGACUUGCGUGACUUCUUGCCAACCUGGUUGAGCUGGAUGAGCCCUUGGUUGGAGCCCGCUGCGCCCGAGCUUUGUGGUCUUCCGAGCGGGCAGUUCAGGGGCGCGGGCGCGAGCGGUGGCAUGACACCGGCCGAUAGUCCCAGAUGCGCCAGCGAGGCAGAAGACAGCAGCACACCAGUGGUGGUUCCAGCUUCCUUCUCAUCAGGCAUCAAGCAAGUCGGACUCCCCUCGCCACCAGUUUCACAGGCCAAAGAUGGGUUGAGUCGGCCACGUGUUCGCCGGGCCCUGGAGGCCAUUCGUGAGCUUCCGGAUGGCUUGCGAUCGAGUACAUUUGACGACCUGGUGAUUCCGGAGGAAGUAGAGCAAGUGCUUGGGCCCCUGCCGGACUGUGCGGAAGAGGGGCUGGAGAUCGGAGGCGUCUUUUUAGACUAUUCGGAGGGCUGGGGCUUGGGCAAGGUCUGCCAAGGGCUUGUGGGAGACAAGACCGCCGCUCUCGUGGUCCAGUUACGCCUUCCAAAGCCUUUGAACAACGGGCAGAUGCGGCGGCUAGGCGCCGCGCUGCGGCGAGGGGCGCUGGAGGCCCGCUCGGCCUUG